AUGAUGGACACGCUGCGUGACGCAUGUGACGACUGUCACCGUCGCAAGAUUCGAUGCAUCUCCCGUGGCCGUGGCGCCUGCGCCAACUGCUGGGACGCUGACCAGGUCUGCAUCUACAGUCCUCGAAACCGCAUGGGCCGGCCCGCCCAGCAGCAGAGAAAGACGAAGCAACAAGGGCGGAAACGGCGUCAGGACAAGUCGGCAAACGCUCCAAGCUCACGGCAGGAACCAAAUUUGCCAGACAAGGCGGCGGCGACAACAGUGCAGCAGCAGCAGCAGCAACAACACACUGGCGUCACACGACCACAAACCGAAGAGUUCCACGAACAUGUUGGCCAGGAGAGCUUAUUCGGAUCUGCAAGCAAACCCACUGAAGGCUCAGGAGAGUAUCCAACACUUCUACAUGCAGGAGUUAAUGGAGAGUCGACAUUCUUGGACUCCAUGACACACAACAUGGAGCCGAUGCAGAGCGGCAAUAAAGUCUCCGCCUCGGAGAGCAUGAGCUCAUACAUGGCAAGCUUAUUCUCUGAGAAUUCUGGCUUUGCGCCUGAAGCACACUCUGAAAACAAGGAGCACAGCAGUCACGAGACUCAACGCCCUGAGCUCGUCUUCGAUCCGCACAUGCUCGCGGUCACGGCGCCAGACGACCCCUCUGCUCCGGGCGCCAUGUUCAUGCCGACGUCUGACACCGUUGAGCAAAUGGACAAGGACGAUCUGUUCAUGCAGCAGAUGGCCCUUUCGUUCUCGGCAGCGAGGAUGCUCACCAGCCAGCCGAGCACGCCGGCGCUCAUGGAAUGCUACAGCCAGCUCUCCCAGAUAUUAUUCAGGCUCCAUAGCUCUCGUGAGCGGCUGGAAAAGUCACCUAUAAACCCGGCGGACGCCCAGCGAGACUCGUGGACGCGGCAGGUGUUUGAGACGGUCGGAAUGUUCUGCGACCUUGUCCUGCCCAUCUUCGGAGACAUGCACACAUUUGUGGAGGAGCCCAGGUACUCAGCCUACCUGCUUGUCGUGUCCGUAACCAAUGCCAUAGUAGACCUCUACCAGCUCCUGCUAGACCGCCACCGCAGCGCAUGGUCUCUCAGACCGUCGUCGUCGUCGUCGGGGUCGAGCACUCGAGAGUCGAGCUAUGGCGUUGACUGGCCGGUGCAACAGAAGUCUGUUGGGACGCAAACACUGCUGACGCUCAUUUUAUACGCGCGCACAAUGGACUUUCACCUUCAACAGCUAGAAAGACUAUUCUACUCUAUCACGGUGAUGGAGGGAGCGCAGCAAACACAGUUGAAAAUAACAACCCUGCGCGAGGCGCUGCAGGUAGCCAUGGACGGACUCGAAUUAUAUUACUAG